GUGAUGGCUUCUGCGUUUCCAUGGCUGACGGUGCGAUGGUCCAACUCGGUGCAGAUGCAUGGUGAUUGCUCGUCGUUACUGCAGGAACUCGCGGUGGUUGCUGCUGGUCUAGAAGCUGCUGCUCUUUCUGCAUGUUGCCGCUGGUUGUUGCAGGUGCUGCUACGAUGUUGCUCGCGAGGGAGUGGUGCUGCCGGCGAGUUGCAGGUUCAUGGUAAUGGCGACGCGGUGGUGCAAAAGGUUGGUGCCCGUCGCGGUGCUUCAAGUUCCAGGUGCACUUCCAUGGUGGACGGCAUGGUCAAGGUGAUGAAGAUGGUGCAAGUGUGAAGCUUCACCGGCGAGAAGGAAGAUGGUGGAACUGUGGUGGCCGGAGGCGGCGACGGCUGGCGUGGAGGGUGGUCAUGGUGGCUGAAUUAGGGUUAGGGUUUCAUGUGUGAGAUGGAGGAGAUGAUGACGUGGCAGUGUCUAAUUGGUGUAGAUGUGUUUGCAAGGAUUAAUGCCACAUGGCUUGUUCUGGUUGGCCAAUUUUAAAAGUUGUGGAUUGCCAUAUGGCCUGAUUUGAGUGAGUUGAGUUUAAGUGGUAGGAGGGGUGCAACUUAGUAGAAACUGGGGUACAGAAUAGGUUUUUGUGAGAUCCAUUUGGAAAUAGGGGAGUGUAUAAGUAAUGUAUGGGGUGCAAAAGUGAUUUUUCCAGAACUUGCUGAUUUUAGUCUUAUUCAAAGGUGUUUUGUAACUUCAAUCAAUUUAUUUUCCCACCUUUAAAUGAGCUUAAAACU